AUAAUCUUAAACACAUACUAUAUAUAUACAUGUAUAAACCGAUAUACUUACAUCUUGAAAAUUAAAGAAAGCGAAAACAAUGAAAAGUCUUAUUCUAUUAGGCUUUUUCGGCUGUCUUUAUUUCGCAUCAGCACGAUUAACAACUGAAGAAGUUGAAUGGUUGGAUUUCGCUAUUCAACAUCAAAAUAAUGCAUCUUUUCAAACACUUUGGAAGAAAAAAGUGAAAAGUUAUAAAGAAGCUACAGUUGACAUUCCUGAGUUUAAAUGUAAUGUGGGGCCAAUAGGAGAUAAACCUACCUCAGUUCACAAAUUAAAACCUGGAGAUAUUAACGUCGUUGCUGCUUUUGGGGAUUCAAUUACUGCCGGGAACGGAGCUGAUGCUGAUAAUCUAUUAGAAGUUAUUUUAAAUGCAAGAGGACAUUCUUGGAGUAUUGGAGGCAUGGAAAGUCUUGAGAAGAUCCUUACAAUUCCAAAUAUCUUAAAGAAGUUUAACCCGAAUCUAAAAGGAUACUCGACAGAUACUUCGGAUGAAGAUGAUCCAGAGGCAGGAAUGAAUGUCGCAAGAAUGGGUGCAAGGGCAACACAUUUACCGAAUCAAGCCGAUAAGAUGAUCGAUAGAUUAAAAACAACUUCUGAUAUAGAUUUCGAGAAUGAUUGGAAGCUAAUCACUCUUUUUAUCGGUGGUAAUGAUUUAUGCGGCUACUGCCGGGAUAGACCAAAUAGAUCACCUGAAAAGUUCGCAGAGCAUAUUAAGAAUACAUUGGAUAAGUUACACCAACAAGUACCUAAGGCAUUGGUUCAGGUAGUUUCUAUGUUUGAUGUGACGCCAGUAAGGCAUCUAUCUGCUGACUGGAUUUGUGAUCUUCUUCAAGAGAGAUUUUGUUCAUGUGCUCGCAAUAGUGAUACUCGGCCAGAAUUGAGACCAGUACAAUUAGGUUAUCAUCUAAGAGUGGACGAACUCAUUAGUUCUGGUAGGUACGAUACAAGGGAUGAUUUUACCGUUGUUGUACAGCCACAUAUGAGAGACUUGGUUCCACCUAGACUUCCUAAUGGUGAAUACGACAAAAGUUUCUUUUCACCUGACUGCUUUCACCCAGGAAGAAAGGGACACGCUGGAUUUGCAUUGGGUUUAUGGAAUAUAAUGUUAACUAAAGAAAAACCUUACGAAAUAUCAAUAGAAGACACUCAAGAUUUUAGGUGUCCAACAGAGCAAGAACCUUACAUUUUUACAAGAUUAAAUAGCGAUCCCUCUAUCUCUAUAAAAGCGGCCGUACCCGACAAUGAAUCUACAACUAAAGUGAAUAAUAAAUUAAGAGUCGGUUUAAGCGUUACUGUUGGAUUAAUGGGCGUUGCUCUCAUUGCCAUUGCAGCGGUGUACGCUUAUAAACGACAGAAACAACCCAAGCAAACCGAAAAAGAGAACAACUCAAAAGAUAAUCCAGUCUUUCAAGCUGCUUAAAAUUAUAGGCUGUUUGAGAUAAAAAAAAAAAGAAAUUAAAAAGAGACAAAAUUUUUCAUGUGCCUAAUUUGUUCCUCUAAUUUACAAAUUGUACAAGAUUGAGUUGAAAUUUGAUAUAUACAGUAUAUACU